GCGGGAGGGAGCGAAUCUCGGAGCUGGGGGAUGUGAGCAGGUUUCGGAUUAGGCGGAGGCAGAGUUAAGACUUUGGUCUAGAGCCGAUCGCAGCUCUAGCAGACGCAUUUCCGGGCGCUCGCUUCUUGAAUGAGAAUCAUGUCUGCUUCGGCUUCUCUGGUGGAGGCGGUCGCAAGUGCUGUUCCCUGGCCUCAGGUGCUGCUUUUCGGGGAUUCCAUCACCCAGUUAUCUUUCCAGCAGGGUGGAUGGGGUGCAUCACUGGCUGACAAGCUGGUCAGAAAAUGUGAUGUUCUAAAUCGUGGAUUUUCAGGUUACAAUACUAGAUGGGCUAAAAUCAUCCUUCCAAGAUUAAUCAGGAAAAGUAGUAAUGCUGAAAAUCUUGUUGCAGUUACAAUUUUCUUUGGUGCCAAUGACAGUGCUUUAAAAGAUGAGAAUCCCAAGCAACAUAUUCCAUUGGAGGAGUAUACUGAGAAUUUAAAGAACAUGAUACAAUAUCUAAAGUCUGUAGAUGUUCCUGAAAGUAGAAUUAUUCUUAUAACACCACCUCCUCUUAAUGAAUCAGCUUGGGAAAAGGAGUGUAUUGCUCAAGGCUACAAAUUAAAUCGAAUGAAUCUGGUUGUUGGUGAAUAUGCCAAAGCCUGUCUGCAAAUGGGCCAAAGCUGUGGGACAGAUGUUCUUGACUUGUGGACACUAAUGCAAAAGGAUAACGAGGACUUUUCUUCAUAUUUAUCAGAUGGCCUGCAUUUAUCUCCAAAGGGAAAUGAAUUUCUAUCAUCACAUCUCUGGCCUUUGCUAGAGAAGAAAGUAGCCUCACUACCUUUGAUUUUUCCUUAUUGGCGGGAUGUAGUUGAAGUGAAACCUGAACACAGUCUUCUAGGGGAUGGUGAUCAUUAAUUACAUAAAUGUAACUUUUUGAUUUACAUUAAAGUGAUAUUGUAGAAAUA